AAAUGUCUGCAAUUGUUGUCCCACGUGUCACUUGUGAUCUACCCACUCAACCUGUUCACUUAAAUGCCAAAUGGAGUCACCUCAACAAUCUACACCUUGCAGAUCCCGACUUCGGCCAACCUAACAAAAUUGACAUACUCCUGGGAGUAGACGUCUACGCUGAUGUGCUGUUGCAAGGCCGGCGGAAUGGACCCCCUGGUACACCUACUGCCUUUGAAACUAAGUUUGGAUGGGUACUCACUGGCAAAACAGACAAUCUCAAGGUCCCCUCAAAUGUUGCAGCUAACUAUGCAAUCACACUCUCUGGUGACGACAUUCUCCGCAAGUUCUGGGAAAUUGAAGAAUGCCCAAGAGAUGUCUCAAAUCACUCACCAGAAGAACGCUCUGUUGUUCGUCAUUUUGCUGAAACCCACAAGAAAAGUGAAGAUGGUAGAUUUGUCGUACCACUUCCAAAAAACCCUCGGACAAAACCUCUUGGAGAGUCAAGAUCAUCUGCUGUACGCCGAUUCCUCUCUCUCGAGCGAUCUCUCCACUCAAAGGAUCAAUUUGAUGAAUUUGCUACUGUCAUGAACGAAUACAUGGAUCUCAAACACGCUGAAUGUGUACCAGAAGCAGACAUGCACAAACCCUCUCAAGAAACGUUCUAUUUGCCCAUGCAUGCUGUGAGAAAAGAAGAAAGUACGACAACGAAACUCCGAGUCGUAUUUGACGCCUCUGCCAAAUCCAGCAAUGGUAUCUCACUCAAUGACAGCCUGCUUGUCGGACCUACCAUUCACCUCCCUCUUAUUGAUGUUCUCCUUCGAUUCCGUACACAUCGAAUUGCUCUCACCACAGACGUUAGCAAAAUGUAUCGGGCUGUCGAACUAACCACUGCCGAUCGCGAUCUCCAUCGCUUUGUGUGGCGGAACAACCCAAAGGACCCUCUGCUUGACUUCAGGAUGACUCGCAUCACCUUCGGAGUAUCUGCUUCCUCAUUUGCAGCUAACAUGGCUGUUAAGCAAAAUGCUAUCGACCACGCUAUGGAAUACGCACUUGCAGCCAAGAGCGUGGACACUUCAUUCUAUGUUGAUGAUGGACUCACAGGAGCUGAUACUGUUCAAGAAGCUAUUGAGCUUCAACGGCAACUCCAGGACUUAUUCUCUGCAGGAGGAUUUCUCCUAAGAAAGUGGAACUCUAGCGAUCUACGAGCUAUCCAGCACUUGCCGGCAAACCUCAAAGACCCCAAGUCUAUUCAAGAAAUGCCCUCGACGGAAGAAUACACAAAGACACUUGGAAUUCAAUGGAAUGCUCCCAAGGAUUGUUUCAAACUGUCUGUACCUUCUCCCACAUCACUGGAAACUCUGACAAAACGUGGUCUUGUCUCAGAUGUUGCCAAGACUUUUGAUGCCCUAGGUUGGUUUUCUCCCUCUACUAUCAAGGCCAAGAUUCUCAUGCAGCAGCUAUGGGAGCUAAAGGUUGACUGGGAUGACUCUGUGCCUGAACAUGUCCAUGACGCCUGGCUACAAUGGAGAACAGAACUGCACCUACUCUCACAGAUACCCAUUCCCCGAUGCUACUUUGACAAGAAGUCCAAACCCUUCUCAACAGAAAUCCAUGGUUUCUCGGACGCUUCUGAACUUGCUUAUGCAGCUGUAGUCUAUCUACGCAUCACAGACACCUCUAAUCGUGUCCACAUUGCUUUGGUGAUGUCUAAGAGCAAGGUGGCACCCAUCAAGCGGCUAACUAUCCCUCGCCUAGAGCUCUGUGGAGCUCAACUACUGGCUCGACUAAUCCAUCAUAUCAGACAAGUACUCGAUAUUCCCCUCUCACUCACACAUGCCUGGACCGACAGCACAAUUGUACUAAAUUGGCUGGAUGGAAGUCCUAGACGCUACAAGACAUAUGUUGGAAACAGAAUCUCAACCAUAGUCGAUCUCAUCCCUCCUGACAAAUGGAGACAUGUUCGCUCAGCUGACAACCCAGCUGACUGUGCCUCAAGAGGACUCUACCCCUCAGAACUCCUUGACCACUCUCUCUGGUGGAAUGGACCCACUUGGCUUAAAGAACCACCAACUAAUUGGCCUGAAAGACUACCUCUCCCUCCAAACAAACCUGAAAUUGAUGAAAAAGAAGUAUCACUACUUGUACUCACUCAAGAUCUCACACCCAUCAUCCCUAUGGAUCGAUUUUCAAGUUAUGACUCCUUGAAACGUGUUACUGCUUGGACCAUUUGUUUCAAUCGAAAUUCUCAAACCAAGAAUAUAGCAGAACGGAUCAAGACUCAUCUCACAACCACUGAAUUGCAAGCAGCAGAAAAUUACUGGAUCAAGGUUAUUCAAGCAACUCACUUCGCAGCUGACCUGGAUUCACUGCAAAGAAAACAAACUCUCUCCAACUCUAGUUCACUAAUGUCUCUGCAACCAUUUAUUGAUGAAUCUGAUAUUCUCAGAGUAGGUGGUAGAAAACAACUUUCUCAAACCUCCAACUAUCAGUCUCGACACCCAGCCAUUUUACAUGGAAAACAUCCUCUCACCCACUUGAUGAUACGACAUGAACACCAGCGACUACUACAUGCAGGUCCUACUCUACUUUCUGCCUCCCUAUCCAGACGUUAUCACAUUGUUGGUGGACGUAAGGUAGUCAGAUCAGUUGCUAGGAAAUGCAUUAUUUGCCGCAGGUACACAGCAAGACCCAAACCUCAGAUGCUUGGACAACUCCCUAUCGAAAGGAUCACACCUGGCUCAGUCUUUGACAAAGUCGGCGUUGACUAUGCUGGCCCUUUGAUGAUCAAAUAUGGACACGUUCGUAAACCCACAGUAGUCAAAGCCUACAUCUGUGUGUUUGUUUCUCUAACAGUGAAGGCAGUCCAUCUUGAAUUAGUAACUGACCUCACCUCAGACGCAUUUAUUGCGUGUCUGAAACGCUUCAUCUCUCGACACGGCCUCCCCUCGCUCAUUUGGAGUGAUAACGGCACAAACUUCGUUGGAGCUGCUCGAGAACUCAAAGAUCUCUACCAAUUCCUACAAAUGCAAUCCACUCAAGAAAAUGUCAGUCACUACCUCAGUGAUAAGAAGAUUAACUGGAAGUUCAUUCCCCAGCACGCACCUCACUUAGGCGGCAUCUGGGAAGCAGCAGUCAAAUCUACGAAGACUCAUUUGAGACGAAUUCUAGGUGAUGUAAAAUUGACGUAUGAAGAACUUUCCACCCUCUUGACCCAAAUUGAAGCUUGCCUCAAUAGUCGACCUCUCAUUCCACUCCCUAAUGAUGAUGAUGGAAUUGAAGCUCUCACACCUGGUCAUUUCCUCAUUGGGAAGCCACUGACAGCUCUCCCAGAAGUCACCCCCACAGGAUGCACUUCCCUCCUCAAGCGUUGGCAGCUGUGCAAGUCUCUACUCAGACACUUCUGGAAGCGAUGGUCCUUAGAAUACAUCUCCCAACUUGGACGCUUUAACAAAUGGCGGCACCCCACUCGAAACAUUCAACCUGGUGAUUUAGUUGUAAUCCAUGAAGAUUCUCUAAUAUCUACCAAAUGGCCUCUCGCCUGCGUAAUCGAAGUUCACCCAGGAAAAGACAAUUUAGUACGCGUGGCAACGAUUAGAACCACUAACGGAACCUAUACUCGGCCAAUAACCAAACUCGCAGUAAUCCUGCCAAAUGAUGAACAAUUUGAUAAUUGAACACUUUAAAUCUCCUCACCUCUUUUGUUUUGUAAGACCAUCCGGUCUUGGCCGGCGGUAUGUUCACGCUCAAUGUACCUUACUUUAAAUUAACAUUUAUUAGAACCUUAUUAACACCUUAUGUUAUGUAAUAUUUACUACUACCUUAACCAUGAUUUGAUGUUUGAUGUUGAUAUCAUACUCUUUUCUAACAAUCCUCAUUGUUAGUGCUCCACUUCCUCCCUUUGUUGUUGUGCGAGCCUCUGGGGCCCUGCUCCACGUAUUUAAGGUUUUGUUUACCUUUUUUUGCCUCACUUCACUUUAACUUCGUUUUACUCUCACCUUACCUGUAUUGUCAGUUGAUAUUUUGCUCCUCGAUCUAAGAAUUUGGUUAAGCUACACUGUGAAGUCAAUUUGUCUAUAACUAGUUGUUAUUGCCUAUAGCUAGGAGCCUGUCUCUAGCUAAUUUGUCUAGCCUGUCUAGAAUCCCUCUACACCAAGAUAAGAGCUCAACAACGGGUAAUGUAGGUAAUGCUGGUAAUGUAGGUAAUGCUGGUAAUGUACGUUACAUUACGUAAUGUGCAUAGGUAACAUAGGUAAGGUAGGUAACGCUGGUAAUGCUGGUAAUGUAGGUAAUACUGGUAAUGCUGGUAAUGUAGGUAACACUGGUAAUGUAGGUAAUGCUGGUAAUGUAGGUAACACGGGUAAUGUAGGUAAUGCUGGUAAUGUAGGUAACACGGGUAAUGUACGUUACAUUACGUAAUGUGCAUAGGUAACAUAGGUAAGGUAGGUAACGCUGGUAAUGCUGGUAAUGUAGGUAAUACUGGUAAUGCUGGUAAUGUAGGUAAUACUGGUAAUGCUGGUAAUGCUGGUAAUGUAGGUAACAUGGGUAAUGUAGGUAACACGGGUAAUGUAGGUAAUGCUGGUAAUGUAGGUAAUGCAGGUAACACGGGUUAUGUAGGUAAGGUAGGUAACGCUGGUAAUGCUGGUAAUGUAGGUAACACGGGUAAUGUAGGUAAUGCUGGUAAUGUAGGUAACACGGGUAAUGUAGGUAAUGCUGGUAAUGUAGGUAAGGUAGGUAACGCUGGUAAUGUAGGUAAGGUAGGUAACACGGGUAAUGCUGGUAAUGCUGGUAAUGUAGGUAACACGGGUAAUGUAGGUAAUGCUGGUAAUGUAGGUAAGGUAGGUAACGCUGGUAAUGUAGGUAAGGUAGGUAACACGGGUAAUGUAGGUAACACGGGUAAUGCUGGUAAUGUAGGUAACACGGGUAAGGUAGGUAAUGUAGGUAACGCUGGUAAUGUAGGUAAUACUGGUAAUGUAGGUAACACGGGUAAUGUAGGUAAUGCUGGUAAUGUAGGUAAGGUAGGUAACGCUGGUAAUGUAGGUAAGGUAGGUAACACGGGUAAUGUAGGUAACGCUGGUAAUGUAGGUAACACGGGUAAUGUAGGUAAUGCUGGUAAGGUAGGUAACGCUGGUAAUGUAGGUAAGGUAGGUAACACGGGUAAUGCUGGUAAUGUAGGUAACACGGGUAAUGUAGGUAACACGGGUAAUGUAGGUAAUGCUGGUAAUGUGGUAAUGUAGGUAACACGGGUAAUGUAGGUAAUGCUGGUAAUGUAGGUAACACGGGUAAUGUAGGUAAUGUAGGUAACGCUGGUAAGGUAGGUAACACUGGUAACACGGGUAAUGUAGGUAAUGCUGGUAAUGUAGGUAACACGGGUAAUGUAGGUAAUGCUGGUAAGGUAGGUAACACUGGUAAUGUAGGUAAUACUGGUAAUGUAGGUAAGGUAGGUAAUGCUGGUAAUGUAGGUACCGUAGGUAUAUAAUGUAUUAUAGGUAAUACAGUUAAUUAGAUGCAGUAAUGCAUGUAUAUAGCUACGCAUUAUAUAGGUAGGUAUUUUGUAACAGUGGUAAUAAUUAGCGGUUGCAAUAAUGCAAUAAUGUGAUGAACACAAUUUGAAACUACACUCUCCUUAUAGUGACAAAGAGCACCGACUUACUCGUUUUCGUUUAUAAAGAGAUCAAAGUAACUAUAGUCGCCAUCAAAUUAAUAUACCGUAUAUCUUCUAAUUUAUCGGACAGGAAAAAAUAAUUAUUUUGGAAAUUGUCCGGGUAUAAUUGGAAUAGAGCAUGCGAAGUGUCCGGAAUAAUUAGAACAAGCAAGCAGCUGCAUGCGAGCUAGCUAAGUUUAAUAGAACAGGGUACGACUGAAUAGUUGCACUAGCUAUCUAAAACUAGCUACUCAAAGCUAUCUAACUGCAGCACUCUAAGUCUUACUUGCCGUCUGUGAAUGAUAACUCAACUUUUCAAGGUAUUGUCCGGAUAUUUAGAACAAAUGUAAUAUUAAAGUACUGGAGUGUCCGUUGUAUUAGAACAAUGAAAAUUGCCCAAAACAGUGUCCGGGUAAUUAGAAGUGUCCGAUAAAUUAGAAGAUAUACGGUAACCAUAGAUUGAACUCUUCAAUCUAUGAUGUAACCAGCAUGUUUGCUGAUUUCCCAGCAAUUGCACACUAAUUAUAAUGACUGUAACACUUACUUAAUUACUAAUUAUAAUGUGUUACCUGCAUGUACAUUACCCAUGUUACCUACAUUACCCGUGUUACCCGUGUUACCUACAUUGCCAGUGUUACCUACAUUACCUACAUUACCUACAUUGCCAGUGUUACCUACAUUACCUACAUUACCAGCAUUACCAGCAUUACCCGUGUUACCUACAUUACCAGCGUUACCUACCUUACCUACAUUACCAGCAUUACCAGCAUUACCCGUGUUACCUACAUUACCAGUGUUACCUACAUUACCCGUGUUACCUACAUUACCUACAUUACCAGUGUUACCUACAUUACCAGCAUUACCUACAUUACCCGUGUUACCUACAUUACCAGCAUUACCUACAUUGCCAGUGUUACCUACAUUACCAGCAUUACCUACAUUACCAGUGUUACCAGCGUUACCUACCUUACCUACAUUACCAGCAUUACCUACCUUACCUAUGUUACCUACAUUACCUACAUUACCCAUGUUACCUACAUUACCUAUGUUACCUACAUUACCUACAUUACCCAUGUUACCUACAUUACCCAUGUUACCUACCUUACCUACAUUACCUACAUUACCUACAUUACUAGUGUUACCUACAUUACCAGCAUUACCCGUGUUACCUACAUUACCAGUGUUACCUAUAUUACCUACAUUACCCAUGUUACCUAGUGCCUAUGUUAAUAUACAGUAUACAUUACCUUAUGAUGUAAUACACAGUGUAAUAGUAUGAUGGAAUAGUUAUACCAAGAAGCAUCCCAUCUUGUCCUGGGUUCGUGACCUUUGCUUGGAUUAUAGCAGCUACCGUCUCUGUUGCUCUUGAUCGUUUAUUUUCUUGCUUGGAAAGCUUGCUAUACCUCGUUCUAUCCAGUGCAGCAAACCAGUACAUCAAAAUUUAUACCCUAGCUACAGAAGGCUUAUCUUGUGGUUUCGAAGAAUGCAAUCAAAGGUCAAAGGUUGCAAUUAAAUCUGAGAUCUCACAAGCUGUUUCGUCUGGGGCGCGAUAGCUCAACUGAUUUCUGCUAUGAUUAUGAAGAGGAUGAAGCUAGUGGUGGUGUAUAAACCCAGGGGCGCGAGGGUAAACUCAGUUUUACAUGUAAAACAUAGGGUAGUCUAGUAUGAUGUAAUGCAAGGAAUAGUUAUACCAAGAAGCACCCACAAGAUGAUUAAUGUUUCAUUAAAAGUGACCCUGUUGGCUUACCUCCUCUGGCCCCCGGCUGUUGACUAGAUGGGCGUGCCCGUCCCCAAAAUAGGGGGAUGGGUUGCAGCCCUAUCUAGCAUUCGUUCUACUGCAUCCCCUAGUUGGGCGGAGUCCAACCAACUGCGUGGGGUUGGGCACCACUGCAAUGUCAGUCCAUUGGUACUUAGCUUUAGGGUGUGGCUAACAAAAAUAAUGGGCGGUAACCAGUUAGAAUGCUCUGCAGAAGUCACUUUUGCUUGCCACUAGCUCUAACUGACCUGGUGUGUUCCUGGAUCAAGCUGGCUUGUCUCUAUUGUUGCAUUUUGAUUUGACUAAAGAGAAUUAUCAGUUACUGACUCGUUUAUUAAUAAGCCACGCCUUCAGCACUUGAACCCUGCAAUCUGAUUGGGCUGCAAAAUUUCUGCAGUGGAACAAAACCUGACAUUGCAGUGGUGCCCAACCCCACGCAGUUGGUUGGACUCCGCCCAACUACUGCAUCCCCUACUAACUAUAUGAAUAUCAUUAAUAUUAGCCACGCCUCUAACCACAUAGCUUAGUUUGCUGCAUAGAAGGGGGAGCAGCCAAUAAAUGCAUUACAUAAGCAUGGUGCGAUCUGGUUGGUGUUGCAUGAUUUUCUGCAGCGGCUGUAACGCGUCUCCCUUUUUGGAGGCGGGCCACGCCCAUCUAGCUGUUGAUCUACAGUACAGAACCAAAAGAGUGUUAUCAAGAGUUUAUGAUAGAGAGAGAGUAUUGAACGUAGGCAUACUGUGUAUCAGAUGUAUGCGGAGAGUAACGUGACUUCCUGUAUCUGUCACAAGCUUGGAAUUUGCACACUGACCAAUCCAAGCGUGGGUGAUGUAAUCUAUCAACCCAUCCAAGUGAGGGUGAUGUAAUCUACUUUCUUGAUAGAUGACAUCACCCACACUUGGAUUGGUCAGUGUGCAAAUUCCAAGCUUGUGACAGAUAUUACUCUCCGCAUACAUCUGAUGUACAGCAUGCCUACGUUCGAUACUCUCUAUCAUAAACUCUUGGUGUUAUACAAUGCUGGCUAAGCAUGCUAGAUGGCCCCAGCCAUAAAUUGGGGAGGACAGGUUUCAGCCCUAUCAAGGGUGAAAGUUGAAGGCACUGUAUAAGCAGUGUACAUAGUGGGACUGUACACACACUUAGGUCAAUUUGAGUAGCUUUUCUGCUUCUUGCAAUGCUUAAACAUUUUUUUCAUGUGAGGUGAAGGUAGAGAACUAGACUAACAAAAAACCACCAAAUUGAAUCAUUCUGCCAAAUUUGUUUCAGGACCUCCCAAAAUUUCGGCGGCCUAUGUUCGUUGUCAUUUCCUCCCCUCAGCUAAAAAUCCUGUAUGAGACCCUCUAGUGAGAGGGGCUGAGAUCGAGGCUAGGCUGCUGCAUGAAACAGCUUAAGUACAGCUUUGAAGCUCUUUUCUCACUCUUGUAGCUACCAGGAGCACAUUACAGCAGGAGCGUCUAACUCUGCAUGGGUUCGGAAAUCGCAUCUUCCUACUUUCCUAAAUGCCGCAUUGCCUUAUAAAUGAAAGCACCGCAGGUGCUGAUGCCUCGCUGGAGAUGCCAAAGCUAUAAAGAUACUAAUUGCUAGCUUUUAUACACACACUAUAAUUAUCAUGAUGAUACAAUAAUUGCUGCGUGCGAGAAACUCAAAGAGUGGGUAAGGAUCGACGAUUAUUAACGAUCAAUGGCAAACGUUCAAGUCUAAUUAAAUGGCUGCAAGUCAGCAGAGCCUUGCAGCUCUCUUCUCACUCUUGCAGCUACCAAUAGCUAGCGGUUCUAGUGCAGAGCUAACUACUAAGUAGAGUAGCAACACUCGGUGAACAAGUUUUGCUACGGACUCUUCUGAAAAGGCAUUCCAAGUAAGCAAAACUAUGCAUAACUCGAGAACGAAGCUUUAUUUUGCAAAUCCACGAAUUAAAAUCCAAGGAAACAUGACUAGAAGCCUAUAGAAACUCUUACUUACACUUCAUUGAUCUUUGUGCAGCUGUAGCAGUCUACACAGACACACACCGUAUACCUCGCUUGCUCAUGCGCACCGAGGCAUAAUUACAGACCGCGGUCAGCCUGUGAAUAUUAUGGUGUAUGUAGUGCAGCGGCAGGAGAGUUAGGUACAGAAUGUUCUGAAAUAGGACUUAGACUAACACAUUGAACCAGCAAUUAAGCUGGCUAGUAAUAACGAAUGUCCUCGGUUUUUUAAUUUGUCAUCAUAUUCU